AUGGGGCAGGUGACCAGCCGCUGCAUGGAAAGACUGCCCAAGAUUUGUCAGAGGAAGGACACCGGAAAUCUCACAGACGCUCAGGCUUUUCAGUGGAGAUCCUCAGCCUCAGAGGGAGAAAUUACAGUCGAGAGGGGGAAGCCAAACUCAGCUCAUUCCGCAGUUAUAGCCAGGGACGAUGACGACAUAACAGAGACGACACCCUUUCCCAUCGAUCGAAGAAGGCCACCUAUAGCACGAAGAGAAGGAUCUAACGGACCUAGCGGGUCAAGCGCAUCAUCGGCUCCGAGACCUUCAAGUGGCCUUGCUCAGCCCUUGCACAGGAUCGAAGUCACUGCUGGCCGUUACGUGUACAACUUAGACCUUCAUGGUAAGCCGGAGAGGGGACAGAACCUCAGGAGCUACUUUCAAGCUUGCAGUGAACACCGAAAGCUGCAGGUGACUACAUCUUGUUUUGCGGCUUGGCGCAAGAACAAGAAAGUCAAUGGCUUUGCAAAGAUAAUUCCGGUGGCAAAAGAGGGCAGUUGGUCAGAGCUUGGCGACACAAGACCGUUUCGAGUUUUCUUCUUUGAUGAUAACCUGGAAUUUGGUGGAAAAGAAACCAGUCCUGGCAUCUGCAACCUUAGAGACUUGGCCACCGGUCAUUUCGUAGAGUUUGCAGAGGGGCAGAAUGACUUCGUGCAAGAGCGCUUCGCGAGGCAUACCAUUGUGCAGCACAGCAAGCUGUGGCGAGCAGUACUUGUCAAAGCCAACAUCUUAGAUGCCAUGGAAGACAAGGAGUACUUUGCGAGCCUCAUCGCCAAAUUUGCGGACCCAUCAGAAAUGCUGGUGGUUUUCAUGGAUGUGAAUGCAACCAUCGUAUGCAACGACACCGUGCAGGGCAAGGACCUCGCAGUCACUCUCCUUGGCACGAUGUUCGAACUUAUGGAACUCAGACCCAGUCCACCGGGUUUCACUUUGACGUGGACAGGUCUCAACGAGAUUCGCGUAGAAAAGAUCCAGACGCUUAAGGCGCUUAUCAAAAACAUGACUGCAGAUGACCACGAGGCAUAUACUAAGUUCUGGCAAGAGGACAACUGCUGGUCUUUCCUGUCUCAUGUUCUGGAGCAUGGAGAAGUCCGAUGGGUCACCGGCACAGAGCCCAUGACGCUCGCGGCGGUAAAAGACCUAUUCAGUUCCUACAUGCGCACAGUUCCAUCGGCCUUGGACAGAGAUGGUAUCACAAACAGCUGGUUCCACGUGUAUACAAACACGCUGAAAGACAGACACGCAACUAUUUUGAAUUCUUUCGGUGUGGACACCAGGAAAGUGACGCUUGCCACUGUCAAGGACGAGAUGGACGUGCUCCAUAUCGCGAUUAAUCACGACAUGUGGGAUGAGAGAGAUGUCAAGAAGUUUUCUGACCAAUUUCAGUAG